GAGGGAGAGCAGGAAGCACUUAGAGGAAAGAGGCUCUUAUUUUGACAGCGGGCAGCCUGAGCGGCUGGAGGAUCCUGUGUCUUUCCAGAUCCCGUAGACCAGAGCCCAGGAAGGGGGAAUCCUGCUAGAAGCUGUGAGGGGGAGCCCUGACUGACCCCCCAGGUCCAUGUGCGGGGUGUGAGGAGGCCAGGUACAUGCCAGCCGUGCCCGGAGCCCGCAGGAAGGGGACAGGAUGAGAGGGGGCUCCCGGCUGGCCCUGGUUGCGGCUCUCUCCCCCCCUCGGCUCCCGCGCUGCGGGUGUUAAGAGGGGGGAUCCAGAAAUUCGACACAGGAGGCCGGAGAAAGGAGGAGGACCAUGGGAGGCCGAGAAUCCUGAAGAAGGUUCUCUGACACCCUUGCUGCCAACCAUAGCAAGUUUCUGUCAAUCAAAUGCACCCCGAAAGCAAACUGGCCAAUCAUGGGAAGGCGUCCAACAAUGGUGGCCAAUCACAGCCACCAAAUGUAAGCCAGGCACCUAAAGGGUCAGGGCUACUUGGGCCUAAAACCAAUCACAUGUCCCCAAAUAGUGUGGGUUUGAAGAAUGCUCAGAAUCCGGGAUCUAACCAUGGUAAAGGACAAAGAGAGUCAUCCGGUGAAGUGGGAGAACAGCGAGAUCCAGGGACUCCAUCACGGGAACCAGAACCAAAAGGAGAAUUACCCUCACGAAGCAAGCGCCGCUGUGUUCUGGAACGGAAGCAACCAUACAGUGGUGAUGAAUGGUGUUCAGGACCAGAAAGCGAGGAAGAUGAGAAGGCUCUUGUAGCUUCCCACAACUGUAAUGCAGGAGAUUCCGUGACAUCUGCAUCGACUCUGCCAGGAUCUGCCUCCUUACCUGGUCUCAACGACUCAAGUUCUUCCAGCACUCCUCAUGGAGUUGGUCCAAAACAUCGCGGGGAUGGGGGGAGCCUUGUGGGUUCAUCCAAACCACCAUCACAAUUCGUUUAUGUCUUCACAACAAAUUUGGCAAACACGGCUGCAGAAGCUGUUUUAAAGGGACAUGCAGAUUCCAUCUUGCUUUACCACCAGCAGAAUGUGCCUCGAGCCAAGCUAGAUGAGGCAACUCUUCAGAAGCCUUCCAGUGAUUCAGAUGGAGGUGUAGUUGUUCCUGGUUCUAGCAUCCCUCCCUCAGCUCCAAGCAAACCAGCAAACCAGCCCACACCUGCUUCAGGGCAUGCACCCCCUGCUGCAUUGCAGGAAACAACUCCAGACGAGGUUAAACGGGAAUUAACUCCCAACCCUUUAGGCAAUGGCAGUAGUCGUCCUGCAAGUAGCCAUUCUAAUCCUCCCCUUCCAUCUUCUGGAGGUUUACCUGAAGAAAAGGCAGAGCUAGGUGACACAAUACAAGGGAAUGGUGGAACAAUUAAUCAAGAGAGUCUUUCUCGAGAGCAGCUUGAGCACCGUGAGCGUUCUCUUCAGACAUUACGAGACAUUGAACGGCUUCUGCUUCGCACUGGGUCAGCCAGUGAACCAUUUUCAAAGCACAGUCAAAGUCCUGGUGAAGCAGUACCUCCUUCUAAUCUUCCUGCACCCCCAGUAAACACUCCAACCCCAAUGAAGAAAUAUGAGGAGCCCUUGCAAUCUAUGAUCACACAAACACAAAGUUUGGGAGCUCCUGGAAUGGAGCAAGAUAUGGGAGGUCCCCAGCCAGGUCCUGACAUGGGGCAUCAAAUGAGUCUCAUGAUGCAAAGAUUGGGGCAAGACAGCCUCACACCUGAACAAGCUGCUUGGAGGAAACUGCAAGAAGAAUACUAUGCAGAGAAAAGGCGUAAAGAAGAACAUAUGUCCAUCCAUGGGAGGCCAGCACCUGACAUGAUGCUCAGGGGACCUCCUCCACCAUACCACAGCAAACCUGGAGAACAGUGGAUUGGCAAUAGGAUUCCAGGGACAUUAGAGGGUCAGGAACCCAUGCCAUUAAGGGGUGGUGGAAUUACAUUCCAGGGUCCAAGGUUCACAGGAAGGUAUGGACCAAUGCAGAACAUACCUAUGGACAUGGGCAUCUUGCAGAGACCCAACCGGUGGCCGGAGGAAAUGUCACCAAUGGGCGGAGGACAGGGUGGAUUUCCACAGAGUGGGAUGUCAUAUCCAGGUGGUGGUCCAGCAGAAGUGGAGAGAUUCUUAAACCCACGUGCACGUGAGGAGCUGCUUCGACAACAGCUUAUUGAGAAGCGCCCAACAGGUAUGCAGAGACAACUGGCAAUGCCUACUGGACAAGGCAUGGAAAUGGAACGAGUGUUGAUUUCACACCGUCAAGGUGAGCAUUCUGUGUUUCCUGGAGAUGGGAUAGCAGGUGGCCAUGCAAUGGGUAUGGAUUUUGGUAAUUCCCGUGCCAUGCUAAGCCCUCCAAUUAACCAACAAGGGGUAAGGAGAGAACAAGACCCAACAAUAGGGGGAGGAGGAAACCUUAACAUGAAUAUGAGCGUCAAUAUGAAUAUGAACUUAAAUCUUCAGAUGACACCCCACCAGCAAAUGCUUCUCUCCCAGAAAAUGAGAAGUGGAGGUGACCUUAUGGGUCCUCAAGGAGAAAUAGGGUCAGAAGAGCUAAUGCGGGCAGUGCAGUCACAAAAUGGCAGUGGGAUGACAGGGGACUCCCAGAAAAUGUUGAUUCCAGCCCAGUUCCAUCAGGGCCAGCCAGGUUUUCCCCCAGGACAAAGUCAGUUUCCCAACAUGCAACAAGAGAUGAGCAUGGACAUGUUUGGACCAGAGCACAGCUCUGUAGGGGGCACCACACGUCUCAGCCACAUGCCUAUGCCCUCUGUUCCUGGCGGCAACUCAUCUGGCCUCGGGCCGAUCCACAGCAGAGGCUUAGGCCGACGACCAACAGAACUGACAGUCAAUGUCAACCAGAUAGGUUCUCCUAUUAUGAGCCACCUUAAGUCUCCAACUAUUAGACAGGUAAUCUCACCAGUUGUAUCUUCACCUUCUGCAAACAUGAAGUCCCCUGAAAAUCCAGUUGCUCAGAUGACUGGACUUCCUCCUUCCAAUCCUCAAGCUUCUCUAAAGUCUCCCCAAAUGCUGGGCUCCUCAAUAAGUGGUCGUUCACCCAGCACCUCUCCCGGUCGACUGAGGUCACCUCACAUGAAUGUACCAUCUCCUGGAUGGGCUCCCUCUCCUAAAGCAACUAUGCCAAGCCCAGGUAUUCCACCAGGAAAGCAAGGAAUAGGAUUGAAUUCCGGAACAUCUAUAGGUGUUAUGGAACAGGAUGGAGCACCCUCUCAAAAUCCUUUAUCCCUGAUGAUGUCACAGAUGUCUAAAUACGCCAUGCCAAGCUCUACACCGCUGUAUCACAAUGCUAUCAAAACCAUUGCCACCUCAGAUGAUGAACUACUCCCAGAGCGAGUACUCCUACCACCAGGGAGUCAACAGGGCCCUGGGAUGAAUGCUCCCAUCUCCCUGCACUUGAACUUGUCCUCCUCACAGAGCCCUAUGGGAAAUAUCACCCUUCCCGGACAGCCACCUCUUUCUCAUGAGCACCCUUCAUCCCUUCUUGCAUCCCCUGGACCACCUAUGCAUCCACCAAUUGGUCCUGCCAUGCAGAACCCUCUAAUGAUGCCCUCUAUGAAUCAGGAACCUUGCUGUCCAGGACCUGGCACACAAAUGAUGUCCUCCAACCAGCUGGUCUUCCCUCCGCGCCUGCAGCCUGGACCUCCUCACAACCAAGGAGUCCCCCAGUCAGGAAGUGGAAGCUCCAUGCAGCAGCAUUUCCCAGAUGAUGUUCACCAUCAGCCACGGCUUCCCCAUAGAAUGUCUGACCCCUAUGGCCCUAGUCUACCCUCCAUACUUAGUGAUCCAGAUUUAGGGGAUGUCAUCCGGCCAUCAGCCAGUGGCAUCCCAGAAUUUGAUUUAUCACGGAUCAUGCCCUCUGAGAAGCCCAGUAGUACUCUGCAGUACUUUCCAAAGGGAGGUAGCCAGAACCCUAAGCCACAUCCCACCAACAUGCACCUUCUGAGUUUACAGAACAUGAUGGUAGAGCAGCAUUCAGGCCGUCUAGGCCCAAGUCUUCCAGGACCUCAGAGAUCCCUGGGAGUACCCCCGAUGCCUUCCAUGGGCAGGACAGGAAUGGCGCCUCCACCUCAGAUGGGGCAGCAAAACUUUAUGCUAAUGAAGCAAAGGAGUGUGUCAGGGGAAAUGUUCCCACAGAAUGCUCAUAUGUUGUCCCCCCAGGGUGCUUUAGGGGGACACCUAACAGGACAACAGAGCAUGAUGGUUGGACACCAAAUGAGACAGCGUAGUGUAUCCCUGGACACCUACAUCCCAGGACCAGGGCACCUGCCAUUUUAACUGCAGGGACUUGCCAGCCACAGCUCUCCCUGCCAUACUUUCCAUUCUUUAUCAAGCCUUUUCUAACUAUAUGUACUUCUCUCUCGAAUCUCCUUCUUGUUCCAAUUAUCUUUGCAGUCUUUCCUUCCAUUUCAAAUUCUUUGUGCUGUUCUCUACUAUGUAUGCUAAUCCUUUUACUGGCCUUCGAUAAAUAGUCAUGGAUAUUGCUACCCACAGCACCAUGUCUGUGCGAUUAUCACCUACUAGAAGCAACUUGCCACUCUCUUCACUGUGCCAAGGAGCCUUUAAAACCCAUUGUUAUAGGUUAUCACUUAUGUCCGCAAAUCCUACUGAUGCUCAAAUCGGUUCCUCAAUUCCAACUCCUCUUCAUUGUCAUCUUAUUUAUUUUCUGCAAUAUUUUGUUUUAUGUUCAUUAUUAUAACAACUCCAUCUUCCUCCCAUUUCUUAGCUCACUUUCAACUGUUGCAAACACACUCCAGCUCCUGAAAUAUGUUUCUUUUUUUGUCCCUGUGCUUUAUUUUUAUUCUUUCUGUUCCUGUUUGUUACAUGCCAUUUCUCUUUUCUUUUUUGCUCUUAAUUUAGUUAUCCUUAAUAUAAUGUAACAUGCAUCUCAUAAUUCAAGUCCUGCUCCUCUUUCUCUUUGCCCCUGCUAAUCCUAGGUCCUGUUGGCAGGGAGGGUUCAUAUAUUUGUGGAAAGUAGCAAGGUGUGAAUGCAGUCUCCUGUCUCUACCUUGGGAAGUGUCUUCUGUAUAUCAUUUUUGUGAGGUGUGGCUUUUUCUCUUACUUUUUUAUUUUUAUUAAAGCAGUGAAAAUGUGCAAAGAAUUUUGAAAAAAAAAUGUAAAUACAAGAAGUGAAAUGUGAA